AGACAUGUCCUAAGCCAAUCCCCCAGGGCGCGCAUGGAUUGUGAUCCUAAGAUGAAGCGCUACGACAUGUCUAGGGCCAAUGGCCUAGACAUCUUACGGGCGACACAAGUUGGGGCGAGCCUACGGGCGAGUCCCACCAACAGGCACAGGAUCGUACUUGGAAUCCUGGGAAAGAAAACAGGCUGGCCUGCAGCGAGGGGAACUGCAGGCGCCGCACGGGCGAGCAGGUGCCGCUACCCAAUGUAAGGAUUUGGACCGUGACACUAGGCUCUGUAGAAUACUGCAUGACAAUAAUGUGUUUUCUCAAGCAAGACAGGGGAGAAUGAACCUUUUUUUUUUCCUCUCUUUGAUCUUUUCCUUCCAUUUUUCUGGAGUCCUCUCAUUUUCAGGGUAUUGUCAAGAAUAGCAGCUUUACCAUUUAAUAUUGAUAAUCCAGAAAAAGAAGGAAUGAAUGAUGCAUUUUUCAGAAAUAGUAAAACUAACGAAUUAAAUUAUGGUGAGAUGCAUUCAUUCUGAAAGAUUGUACUGAUUUCUGAAUAUAGAAAUGCAAGACUUCAGAAAGCUGGCAAUCAGCAACCACUAUACAGAAAUGAAGUGUAUAGUUCCGUAUAAAAUAUAACAUGUUGCUACAUGAGGCUCUUUCAAGAACAUCUAAAAUGUAACCAAUACCACCCACAAGAAAAGGGUAAAAUAUAAAAUAAAAUUUGAUAGAGUGACUACAGGAUAUUCUGUUAUAUGGGUAGGUGUUCUUUUAGUGGAUUCUAUAAAGAUUUUGGCCUAAAGAAAGUAACUAUCUUAAAACUCUGGAUUUAAAAAAUGAAGAGCUUUGUAGUCAUCCUACUCUAUAAAUAACAAAGAUUGAGUCUUCAUUAAACACCCAUCUUGAAAGAAAACAAUCCUCCUUCUUUAGCUGACAGUUCCUCACAAAUUAUAUAACUUUCUUAAUGGCUGCUCAAAACCAAGUACAAAUUACCAUCCCUAAACAACAUUAUGACCAAAACCAAGCCCCUGAAGAGGAUUUUGACUACUCUCAAAGAGCACAAUGGCUUCGAGCAGCUAUAUUAGGAGCCAAUGAUGGAUUAGUAUCAGUUGCAUCUUUGAUGAUGGGUGUUGGAGCUGUCCAAGAAAACGUUAAGACCAUGAUCCUUACAGGCUUUGCAGGGUUGUUUGCCGGUGCUUGUAGCAUGGCUAUAGGAGAGUUUGUUUCUGUGUACUCUCAACUAGACAUAGAGUUAGCCCAAAUGAAGAGAGAGAAAACAACAGGAGGAGGACAGAACCAAGAACAUCAACAUCAACAUCAAGAAGAAGAAGGUAACAAGGAACAGCUGCCAAAUCCAUUUCAGGCAGCCGGAGCCUCGAGUAUUGUAUUUUCAUUGGGUGCCAUAGUACCAAUUCUUGCUGCUGCAUUUAUAGCAGAUCAUAAGGUGAGGCUAGCUGUGAUUGUGGCUGCAGUGAGCUUAGCAUUGUUAGCAUUUGGAGGAGUUGGUGCUUUUUUGGGCAGAAGUCCUAUGGUCAAAUCUUGUGCCAGAGUUUUAAUUGGUGGUUGGAUGGCUAUGGCCAUUACCUUUGGCCUCACUAGAUUGAUUGGCUCUAUGGGCUUGGAAAUGUGAUGGGGACUCUAUGUUCUGUUCCCUGUCCUAGCUAAUUUAGUUUUAUCUGCUCAAGAAAUUGAUGUUGCACGUCAAAUAAAUUUCCUUUUGUGUAAUGACUCUGGAGUGAAAUCUUAAGAAUGUAUUUAUGAUUUUA